CAACCUUAAGAUAGUGUCUAGUCAUAUAAGAGAUAACUUUGACUUGGAGUGAAGUCUUGUUUCGCGAAAGGACACUGUUGCCAAACAAGGGACCCCAGAAUGAUUCUGUCGGUAAUAUUCGCCGUUCUGAUGUUUGGGGAGAGCACAGAUCAGCUACACACAGAAGCACUGUCACAGGAGAUAGCGUGCGCACCAUGCAACUGCACCAAGACAGCCGAUGAGGACAUCCACGCUGAUUGUUCAAACAGACAUCUAGAUACCAUACCACCCUCAAUACCUUCAGGUGUCAUACAUUUGAUGAUGGCCAAUAACGUGUUGACCAAUCUCUCUGCCGAUGACCUGCAUCAAUUCUCACAAUUAAAAUAUCUGGACUUGUCCAAAAACAAGAUAAACAUUUUGCAUGCUGAUGGCUUCAAAGGGGCUGUUGCAUUGUUGAGGCUAAAUCUCCACGGUAACCAACUUACUCUGAACAAGACCACAUAUCCGAAAGGAUUGUUUCAAGAUCAGACAAAGCUUGGAGUCCUCGACCUAAGUGGAAAUACAGUGGUCAAGAAAUCAUCUUAUCCUGAUGAGAGUCUUGGAAACCUGGUCUCUCUUCAUACGUUGGUGGUUGAUGGAAUCGAGAACUGCACCUUUGGUGAAGGAUUUGCCAGAUUAAAGAAUCUUACUACUCUAAUCAUAUCAGGCAGGAGAGGAUAUUGUUCCAUACAUUGUUUGUUGAAUGAGUCUUUUAUCCAUACACCCCACCUCAGAAUUCUUGAUAUCAGCAAAUGUAAAAUCACACUUAUUGAUGUAGGUUCAUUUCUUCCCUUGAGAAAUAUUGACAGAUUAGACAUGUCAGAGAAUGAACUGGGGUUUAAAACAUUUGGUGACUCUAUGUAUGGCCUUAUAAAUUCGUCCUUGAGAGUCAUUAAGCUGAAUAGAAUCACAAACAUUUACGCCAUCGGUGUUCAAAUACAAUUGACACAUGUCCGUUUCUUCAAUGAGAUGCAGGUAAAGGAGAUCUACCUUGACUGCAAUAGUAUUGAGAACAUAGAAAACUCUGCUCUACAGGUUUUUACUUCAGUUGAAAUCAUCUCCAUGAAGGGUAACGAUUUUCAGCCUGGGUCUUACAUGUUUGCUACAGACCAAUUGGUUAACCUUCGGCAACUAUUCAUCAAUAAUCCUUAUGCAAUCAGUGGACCUUUACCUGAAUUUGCAACUAACUCUGAUUCAUGCAUCAGCACAGAGCAUGAUUACGACAAAGCCUUCAAUUUUUACCCAGAGAAAAAUAUAUAUGUGGACACUGUUCAAAGACGUCAAACAAGAUCUUUAGUGCAUGGAAAAGAUCAGACACGUAAACGUAUGCUUGUACAGAGAAAGUUCAAUGGCAUUCCCACAAAGAUGGACAUAUCACGGCCAAAGGCGAAACGAAUAUUCUCGGAUCAAAAUCGAACCAGCAGGCCUACCUUUAAAGAAAAAGAAGAAUUUAUUCAGUAUUCCUUGAAUAUUCAAAUACCCAUUGCCCCGAAUGCAACAUUUGUUAAUGUCAGUAACAGGUAUAUUCGAUCUAAAAUUGGGAAAAUAUCCUUUUUGCCAAAUAAGAUACAAACGCUUGAUUUAUCAAAUAACAUUUUAACAAAUUGGGAAGGUCCAGUUCUUCAGGUCCAAAACAUUAAAUUUCUGGAUCUAUCAAACAAUUUUUGCAAAUUUAUUGCGCCAACGUUUCUGAAACAUUGUAGUGGUCUACAAAUAUUGAAUAUCAGCCAGAAUUACCUCGCUGAGUCCCUUGAAAACGAUACAACAGGGGAGAUAUUUAUCAAUCAAAAGAAUUUAGAAAUAUUCAGAAUCUCUAAUAAUGUUAUUUAUCAUUUGCCCCCUUUAAUUUUUGCAAGCUUGGAUAAACUGAAAGUCCUUGAUUUGAGCUGGAAUAUGAUGAGUUCGUGGGUUGUCAACAUACGUCAAAUGACACAUUUGUAUUUAUUAGAUUUGUCCAACAACAGAUUUGAAGGUGUUCCAAAAAGUCUUCGGAAUCAGAUUGAUGAAAUUGUGAUGGUCAGGAAUGACACAUUUCACAUCAGAAUGAAAGGCAACAGCCUUAAAUGUACGUGUGAUACUCUGGAGGACAUAUGGUGGAUGUUGGAGCCAUAUGUCGUCGUGGAGGAAGUAUCUGAUACCCAAUGUACCUUGUCAGAUGGAACCAUAGUGUCUUUGGACAAUCUCAACAACCUUGUACUGGAGCUCCACGAGAGGUGUAAGACUGUUAUUCCACUGAUAUUUGGAGCAACCACGGGGCUCAUUUUAUUUGUUUCAGUGUUAGUAGGUGGCAUCAUCUAUCGCUAUCGGUGGAAGCUGAGGUAUUUGUACUACACAACUAGAAGGAAGUACAGAGGUUACCAGAGGCAGCUGGGUGAAGAAGACAACUUCAGAUAUGAUGCUUUUGUGUCAUAUGCAGACGAGGACAGAGAGUUUGUUGUGCAGGACAUGAAUGCCAUUCUGGAGCAGAGGUUUGGAUUGAGAAUUUGUAUACACCAGAGGGACUUCAUGGUUGGUGAGCCAAUCACUGCCAACAUAGUAAACGCAAUACAAUCAAGCCGGAAGACCAUAAUCCUUCUCACUCCGAGCUUCCUUGCAAGUUCCUGGUGUGACUAUGAGGUCCACAUGGCCAAACUGGAGAGUAUCCACACUGGAAGAGAUAUCCUUUGUGUUGUGUGGCUCAUUGAUAUUCCUGAUACCAGCAAGAUCAGCAGGGAUGUAUUGGAUGAAAUUGAGCAUGGUACUUACAUCCAAUACCCAGCAGACGAAAUAGACAAAGAAGAGUUCUGGCAGAAGAUAAAGGCAGCCAUAAGCUUUUGAGAUGACUGUGGCCCUCCAAACACAAUACGUGACCUAACUAUGAGGAAAGCUGCUUGUGUUUAUUGAUCUGAAAUGACAGUGUCGUUUUCUGAAAGGUUCAACAUGUUUUAUCAAUUUGAAAAGGAACAUAUACAGAUUGUUUUGACGGAUAAAUUAAUUGUAGUUGUGUUGUGUAAUUGUCGUUUAAAACAUUUGUAAAUAUGCUUAUAUCUGUCAUAUCAAUGUCACGUUGUCUUGUGUGUACAGUGAGUGAGUUUCACGCCACUUUGAACAUUAUUCCACUAUUAUCAUUAUAUCACGGAGUGUCAGCAUAAUGUGGGAGGACAGCCGAAGUGAUGCAUGUCUCAGAUCCACGGGCACGGGUGUGGUCCUGUGUACAACGCACAGGUCACAAAUGAGGUAAACUAAGGCAACGUCGGUUGGAUGCGUUGGAUGAGUGACAGUGUUCGUCAGCUUGACUCCUGAGAGUUUCUAGGUCUUCGGCCCUGCCCCGUACUAAAGCACACAUAGCACAUGUGGUGUUUCUUCAGACAAGUGAUUUUGUUCGAAAUGUGCCUCUGUUCACCCAAUAGUGAAUGGGUACCCGGUAGUAUGAGAUGGUAAAGUGAAUGUUAACCUUCUGGCGCCUCAUAGGCAGCUUCGGUCGUAUAUUCGAGUGCACACUGAACCAUUGACUGGGUAAAUAAUGGUGCUUCAACGGAUGGA